AAGGAAUAAUCAAUCAUUUUGGGUUGAAGUUCGUAGAUUUCAGUGCGAGAUUAUCAUCAUCUUCGUCGUCAAAUGUCAUGUGUGAGAAAGAUGAACUGACAGUUGUGAAUCGCUCCUCAAUUGGAAACCGAUUGUAUUGAAAUCUUCCAUUGGAGUUCACGUUCUCUCCUUCGGCGCUCACCAAAUUCACAGGCAAAUUACGGGCUAUCAGCUUCGUGUAAUAGCCUCGCCAGGUUUCACUCGCUCUUUGUUCUUGGAUUUUGUUUUUAUCGUGUUGUUGAGGGAUACAACAUUGAUGUGUGAUCUGGUUUGAAGAGAGAUGCAGAGAGAAAAUAUUAUUAACUAUCCUGCCAGCCCUAGGCUUCGACACCGUAGGCGAUCGAAUGAGGGGAUUGGGGAGGAUUUGAAGCCAAAUGGAAGCAAUUUACUUGUUAAUGACAGAAAUAAAUACAAGUCAAUGUUGGUUCGUGCCUAUUCAUCUGUCUGGAUGAUUGGAGGGUUUGCAUUAGUAAUAUACCUUGGACAUCUAUAUAUUAUGGCUAUGGUGGUUGUAAUCCAAAUCUUUAUGGCUCGAGAACUCUUCAAUCUACUCAGGAGGACCCAUGAAGAUAGGCAGCUCCCAGGAUUCCGGUUAUUAAACUGGUACUUCUUCUUCACGGCAAUGUUUUUUGUUUAUGGCCGCCUUCUCAGUCAACGGCUUGUCAAUACUGUAACAACAGAUAAAGUUCUGUAUCAGCUUGUCAGCUACCUUGUCAAGUAUCAUAUGGCCAUUUGUUAUUUCUUGUAUAUUGCAGGUUUUAUGUGGUUCAUUCUUACUUUAAAAAAGAAAAUGUACAAAUAUCAGUUUGGCCAGUAUGCGUGGACACACAUGAUCUUGAUAGUUGUGUUUACACAGUCUUCAUUCACUGUUGCUAACAUCUUCGAAGGAAUCUUCUGGUUUCUUCUUCCAGCAACACUCAUUGUAAUAAAUGAUAUUGCUGCAUACUUCUUUGGAUUUUUCUUUGGAAAAACCCCGUUGAUCAAAAUAUCUCCAAAGAAAACUUGGGAGGGAUUCAUAGGAGCCUCUGUGACAACUAUUAUCUCGGCAUUUAUGCUUGCAAACAUCAUGGGUCGAUUCAGUUGGCUCACUUGUCCAAGAAAGGAUUUAUCAACUGGGUGGCUUCACUGUGAUCCGGGUCCUUUGUUCUCACCUGAAUAUUUUACUUUACCAGGAUGGAUUCCUUCAUGGGUCAGUAAAGUGUUCCCAUGGAAAGAUGUCACCAUUUUGCGAGUUCAGUGGCAUGCUAUAUGUCUUGGUUUGUUUGCAUCAAUAAUAGCUCCUUUUGGUGGCUUCUUUGCUAGCGGCUUCAAAAGAGCUUUUAAAAUCAAGGAUUUUGGUGAUAGCAUUCCUGGACAUGGUGGAAUCACAGAUAGGAUGGAUUGCCAGAUGGUGAUGGCCGUGUUUUCAUACAUCUAUCAUCAAUCAUUCGUCGUGUCUCAGAGUAUCACCGUUGAAUCAAUUAUUGACCAGAUACUAAUGAACCUUACAUUUGAGGAGCAACAACUUCUUUUCACGAAGCUUGGGCAAAUGCUGCAAGACAGGCUGUUCUCGCAAUAGCAUCUUGCUUUGCCCAUAUCAUUAUUCAUCAAUAAAGCAUGUAAUAGAGAGAGUUUAGGGAGAUAACCCAACCCUCGGUACUUGUAUCCAGAGGUAAGAAGCAUGCUUUGAACAUUCUCAAAUGAAUGGGAAACCUCCUCUGCAUUUAGCGCAGUAAAGAAGGCAAUUUAGUACAUACUUGACUCAAGAAGAUACUCAAGGUAGCCGCUAGUAUUAGUUCUCCCAUAAUGGCUAAAUUGUUUAACUAUUUUUCGUUAUAUACCUCUGUUCCAAAUGUUCUUUGUUC